CUGCCACCGACCUUUGGGAGAGCACCGGACAGGAAGUGGCCUCUGCGCUCCGGGCUAUGGGUUUGCCGAUUGGGCCGGUGGUUACCAUGGAACCAGGCAGCAAAGGCAGGGCUCGGGAGGCGCUGAACGAAAUCAGAGAAGCCGACAAGGUCAAAGUGGUCAUCAUGUGCAUGAGCUCUGUCCUGAUUGGUGGAGAGGAUCAGAGGGAGGUACUGCUGACCGCCCUGGAGAUGGGGAUGGUUUCCAAUGGUUACGUGUUCAUUCCCUACGACGCCCUGCUGUACGCGAUGCCCUAUCAGCACACAGUCUUCAACCAGCUGACCAAUAGCACGCAGCUUCGUCACGCCUAUAGUGCCGUGCUGACUGUUACCAUGGCAUCCGACCAGAGUUUCUAUGAAGCUUUCCGCGAGGCUCAAAUGAGCCGAGAGAUUCACUCGGGUGUCUCCGCCACAGAGGUGUCUCCUUUGUUUGGGACUAUUUUCAACAUGGUCUACUUCGUUGCAAAGGCAGUGGAAGAGCGCCGUCAGGCGGGGAGUGGACACUGGGUGACGGGCAAUCAGCUCAUGAAAUCAGAUGGAGGCUUUGAUUUUCAGGGUUUCAAUCAGGUCACACAGAUUUCAGCACUCGCUAGCUGA